AUGGGAGACCACAUUGCAGUCGCGGAAGCUGCGCGGCCGAGAGGGCAGGGUUACAUGGCCCAGACCGUACGAAGCCCUGCCCCUAAGUUUCCAGCAGGCCUGGCAAGCCUGAUGUCCCCCGAGCUGCCAGCGAAGCAGCAUGCAUCGUUAGACACGGAGCUGUCCCGAGGGGACGCCACUACCAAGGCAUUCUUUGACCACUCACGUGGGAUCCGCGUCAACACGGAUGCCGUGGUAUCGGCUGCUCUCACAGCGCAGUACCCGUCCCUGGAACUGGUCGUUGCGCCCGCCCAAAACUGCAACCUCAUCGCGUACGCGAGGGCGGGUUAUGCUAGCUACGAUGCUGUGGAGGACGGAUCUGGCAGCCUGCCGGGCUCGCUGCAAUGGGACCUGUACAUUCCACCGACCAGGCGUCUUGACGGCGCACUUGGUGGCCUGGGUGAGAGAACAUUGUUCGGAAAGUAUAUCUACAAGUGGAAGGGGUCCGACUUCAUCGUCUAUUACAUUGAGGGCCGUGAUGGUGAAAUGAGUUAUCCCGCCGUCGACAACUAUUACAUCAUGACCACGGCCAAGGCGAAGGCCCAGCAGCUGAUCCUCGAAGCUGGACGCUGGAGCGCAGAUCUGCACGAGGAGAUCUGGGUGUUCGAUGGGGGCUACUGGCAGAAAUCCCGGGAGCUGUACGACUCGAUCAGGAACGCAAGUUGGGAGUCCGUUAUCCUCAAUCCGGAAAUGAAGAGAAGUAUUAUCGACGAUCACCUGAGCUUCUUCAAAGGUCGUGAAACCUACAAGAACCUCCAAGUCCCAUGGAAACGGGGCAUUAUCUACUACGGCCCGCCAGGUAACGGGAAGACUAUCAGUAUCAAGGCGAUGAUGCAUACUCUGUACGCCCAGUCGCCGGUUCCAAUUCCCACGUUAUAUGUACGAAGUCUGUUCUCUUACGGAGGACCUGAGGCUUCGAUCAAGCAAGUAUUCGGCAAGGCGCGCGAGUUUGCUCCUUGCUAUCUGGUGUUUGAGGACCUUGAUACCAUUGUCAGCGACAACGUGCGCAGUUACUUCCUAAACGAGGUCGACGGUCUCAAGAACAAUGAUGGCAUCUUCAUGGUCGGCAGCACCAAUCAUCUCGACCGUUUGGACCCAGGUAUCUCGAAACGCCCCUCUCGUUUUGAUAGGAAGUAUUACUUCCCGGACCCCACCCUCGAAGAACGCGUUGCGUACUGCCAGUUCUGGCAGAAGAAACUGGCCGGCAACGAGGAAAUCGAAUUCCCAAACAAGUUGUGCAAGGCGAUUGCAGGAAUUACAGAUGAUUUCAGUUUCGCCUAUAUGCAAGAGGCAUUCGUGGCUGCGUUGUUGGCCAUUGCGCGCAGGUCAGACACCCGCGGAUCUAGCAUCGUAGGCUUCAUGGAGGAUUUAGGAGACGAUUGGGUUGGCGUGGGUGGCGGCGAUCAAGAUCUUAGCAGAUUGCCGCUUUGGGUGGAGAUCAAGAAGCAGGUCCAGAUUCUCAGAGAAGGUAUGGAGGAGAAGAGUGAGGCCAUCACCAGCUUGUAG